UGAUAAAGCUUUAUUUUUAUGCAUAAACUAUUUGCGAAGAAACAUUAUUUUUCGACAUGAUUUUUUUUUCGAAGAAAAUAAAGCUUUUUCAAAAAUUCAAAAGCCGUUUCCUCGCUUAAAAUUUUAUCUUCAAAACGAGACCUUGUUCAUUAAAAUCGGUCAAGAAUUAUACCUGUACUUAUUGUUAUUGUAAACCAUAAGAAAAUCAGAGUUGAUAAAUAGUCUUAAUCGAUUGGAUAUAUUCGAGGUUGUACGCAAGUUCAACAGUGAAAAAUAUGUCAGUAGAUGUAACAAUAUGAAAUGUAAGUAAUAGAUAUGUAGGCGUAUGCGUUCAUAUAUAUAUACGCAUACACACACACGCUGUGUGACGAUUCUCAUGAAUUUAGAAUUGUAUAAUAAAACAGUGUUACACUUUAUAUUUCUCCAUUAUUUUUAAUGAGGCUGUGCUAUCAGUUAACAAAAUAAUUUCAAAAAGAAAAAGGAUAUAUAUAUAUAUAUGUAUAUAUAUAUAUAUAUAUAUAUAUAUAUAUAUAUAUAUGACGAUAUGUAAAGUAUUAAAGUAUAAAAGAAACAUAUUUUGAAUCUACUGAAUCUAAUAUUUUGUUCUAAGGAUAAAAUACAAACUAUGCACCUGUUUAAGAAGUACAAGAUUAAGAAACCUUUAAAUUAACUUUAGUGAAAAUGCAUUUUUCUAUACCAGACACCCAAGAAUUCGUAGAUGCAGCUAGUAACACAUAUGUUGGCUAUAAUAUUCAUAUUAAUGGAUUAUUUCAUUGUACUGUACGAUACAAGCAAUUGCUUAAUUUACACGAACAGUUAGUAAAAGAUGCCGAUGUUCCUCUUCCAACAUUUCCUCCAAAAAAGUUCUUUCCUCUAACCAUGACUCAACAGGAAGAACGUCGUGUUGGUUUAGAAAAAUAUAUUCAGACGAUAGGACAGAAUCCGGUAAUAAAUUCUUCAGAAUUAUUAAAUGGAUUUUUAUUAAAUGCACAACAAGAAGCUGUGAAUGGUCCAUUUGAGAACGAGUAUUUAGAUGUAUUUCUUUCAAAUGAUUGUAAAGUAACCAUUAAUGUUUCUACGAAAGAAAAUUCUGGACAAGUUUUAAAGAAAGUAUAUGACCGUAUUAUGUUACUGAACCAUUUGCAUCCUUACUUUGCUUUGUUUAUUAUUGUGCAAGAAGAUAACAAUGCAAUUGUAUUGCGGAAGUUACAGGAUUUUGAAUCUCCUGUUAUAACAUAUAAAAACAUGUGCACUCUAGGUAUUCGAGUAGUACUUGGAAAAAAUUAUUGGGAUAUUGAGCAUGAUUUAGAAAUAUUAGAUGAUUCGGUAGGUUUGAGUUUAUUAUACAACCAAACAGUAGCAGAAAUUCAAAGGGGAUGGAUCUUAAUUACAGAUGAAAUGCAAAAUCGCUUGGAAAAUCUACAAAAAAAAGGAAUAAAAAAAGAGUAUAUGAAGAUUGCACGCACUUUGAAAUAUUAUGGUUAUGUACAAUUUGUACCAUGCUUUUGUGAUUAUCCUCUACCAGAAUCAAAGGUAGUAAUUGCCAUUGGUAAAAAUGAAUUAAAUUUACGUGUAUUAACGGCCGAUGAUAAACCACAAGAAAUAGCAUUUAAGGUAACGAGAAUGCGAUGUUGGCGUAUAACUACUUCACAAAAUGGUAUAGACAGAUACGAUCAUCACGACCAUUUUAAUCUUGAGCUAUCUUUCGAAUAUUUAAUAGCAAGGAAUCAAUUGCAAUGGAUUACAGUUUCUUCUGAUCAGGCUAUUUUAAUGUCUGUAUGUCUGCAAUCUAUGAUAGACGAAUUGUUAUUAAAAAGUACAGAUGGCAACAAGCAUCAGGAACCACAAAAAAAAUCCUGGACGUAUAUAAUGAGAGAUGGGCAUAGCCGUAUCGUCAUGGGAGCAGGAUCAAUAGAAAAUAUUGACGAAGAAAAACAACAAGAUGAAGUUCAUUCCAGUACUGGAGUAGAACCUAUUAUCAAAAAAUUAACAGACAGGUUGUCAAUUAUGAAAUUAAAGAAAUCUAGCGACGACAAAACUAUCGUUUAUAAACAUGAAAGAGGACGCACAAGAGAAUGUGAUAUUGUGGAAAAUAAUGCAUUUUAUACGAUAGGAGAUGAAGAUUUAUAGUCUCUUAUUACUUAUUAUUUUAAAGAAUUAAACGAACGUUUGUUCGACUGGUUCUAUAUUAUAUUUUAUAUAAUAUAAUAACUUUUUUAUUAAUCUAUAUGUAAUUGCGACUAAAAAACUGAUGAUAUUAAGACUACAACGAGUAGGCAUCAGAAUUUGUGAUAUAUUUAUAUACAAAUUAAUAUGAACUAAGUUUCUGUAAUAUAUUGUAUAUUGCAAAGAUAUUUAUGCGAUAAGAAAAUACGCAAAUUCUAAUUUUUUAAAAUAUGAAAUCAAAUAUGAUAUUGAUUAAAGUUUCAAUAAGAAAUUUCUAAAAAAAAUUAUCAAUUUAUAGAAAACAUACUCUUCGUAAGCAUUUCUUUGCAUUUAUUUUUUAACGAUAUCAUAAAAUGUAAGUGUUUUUAAU